AUGAGUUUCGUAAAUCAUUCUGCUCAUCGUCCAUUGGAAAUAUUUUUUAUUCCAUUUGUAGCUCCAGGGCAUAUGAUACCGAUGAUCGAUCUCGCGAGGGCAUUCGCAACCCGUCAAGGAGUUAGAGUUCAUAUAAUAAUUACAACUCAUAAUGCUCUACUCUUCAAGUCAUCCAUAGAUCAAGAUGUCAACUCCAGUAAUGCAGAUAUUCAACUUCACAUUCUAAAAUUUCCAUCCUCACAAGUUGGACUUCCUGAAGGUAUAGAGAAUUUCAACUCCAUCACUUCACCAGACAUGUAUUCGAAAGUCUACCAAGGUAUUUCCAUCCUCCAACAACCCAUGGAAAAACUUCUACACCAAAACAACCCAGAUUGCAUCAUCUCUGAUAUGUACUACCCGUGGACUAAUGAUUUAGCAAACCAGCUUGGUUGCCCUAGACUCGUGUUUCGCGUGAACUCCUUUUUCUCUCUCUCGGUUAUGGAAAGCAUUAGACGGUACAGGCCUCAUGACACUGUAUCUUCCGAUUCGGAGACAUUCCAAGUUCCAGGCCUUCCAUACCAUCAUUGUAUUGAGAUGAUAAGGUCGCAAUUGCCGGAUUAUGUCAGAACGAGAACGCCAUAUGGUGAUUUGAUGGAUACAUUUAUAGAAUCUGAAAUGAGAAGUUAUGGGGUCAUCGUGAACAGUUUUUACGAGUUAGAAUCGCCUUAUGCAGACCAUUUCAGGAAUGUCAUGGGAAUGAAAGCAUGGCAAGUUGGGCCGGUAUCCCUAUGUAUUAAGAGAGAAGUGAAGGACGCUGAUGAUGAACAGAAGAAGCAACACAAGUGCAUGAGUUGGCUUGAUUCUAUGGAACCCAAUUCAGUCGUUUAUGUUAGUUUUGGGAGCAUGGCACGAUUUCAGAAAACCCAAUUGAUUGAGAUUGCAUCUGCUCUAGAGACAUGUGGCUACCCGUUCAUUUGGGUGGUCAGAGAACCAAAGGAAGAAGGCAAAAAUCAAGGGUGGUUGUUGGGCGAGUUCGAGAGGAGGAUGAAUAAGAAAGGAAUAAUAAUUAGAGAUUGGGCGCCACAGGUUACAAUCUUGGCACACCCGGCAAUUGGAGGAUUUGUAACUCACUGCGGGUGGAACUCAGUAUUAGAGAGUGUGGCGGAAGGUGUACCAAUGAUUACUUGGCCACUCUUUGCAGAGCAGUUCUAUAAUGAAAAGCUUGUCAUAGAAGUACUGAAGAUUGGAGUGAGGGUUGGUGUCUACGAGUGGGAGCAUUUGAUGGAAGAAGGAAAGAUAAUCGUAGGCAGAAAGAAGAUAGAGAAGGCUGUAAAAAUGUUAAUGGAUGGUGGAGAUGAAGCAGAUGAAAUGAAAAAGCGGGCUAGACAGAUGAGUGAAAAAGCCAAAAGAGCUGGGGAAGAAGGUGGAUCUUCUUGCACCAAUCUGAUCGAUUUGGUUGAAGAACUGAAAGUUGUUCGUCAUAUUAGCAUAUAA